GCGGUUCUAUGGUGUUCAGCCAACUAAAAUCCUAGGAGAGGUUUCUGUCCGUUAUUCCAAGGCAAAACUUAAAAAGUGCAGUAAUAAGGCAGGAGAAAGGCAGCUCGGCGAGGGGGCUUCGCGGCUCAGUGUAGCCGGAGCAACCGGUGUGGACAAGUCCCAGGUAACGGUGAUAAGAAUGGAGAUUUGGGAGUUGAUUCUUUUAUAAAAUGGCUACCUCAAACGUCCACUGGCUUCUCCCGAUUGUUGUGGUCUCCUUUCUGACAUGUGCUCUCGCCAGAAGAGGACAGGAUGUACGUUGUGGAGCUUGCCGGGGUCUCAUUGAUGAAAUGGAGUGGGAAAUCUCUCAAGUGAAUCCAAAGAAGACAAUUCAGAAAGGAUCUUUUCGAAUAAAUCCAGAUGGGUCUCAGUCGGUAGUAGAAGUACCCUAUGCCAGAUCAGAACUUCAUCUUACUGAGCUUCUGGAGCAUGUGUGUGAAAAGAUGACGGAGUAUGGUGAGAAGACAGACCCAGAAACGCACCGCAAAACCUAUGUGCGAGUCCUCUCUCGGGAUGGCAAAAAGUUAGAUGCGUCUGCAACUAACAUUGAUAAAAAAGUCAUUGAUGACUUGAAGUCCACAUGUGAACACAUUGUUGAAAUACAUGAAGAUGAACUGAUUGAAUUAUUCUCUCAUGAAACGGAAAAUGUAAAGGACAAGCUGUGCAGUAAACGUACAGACCUCUGCGACCACGCUGUAGAUAUAACUCAUGAUGAACUUUGACCUGCCAUCUCUCAUUCUAUCUUGGUCCAUAAAGCUUCACCUAGUGUUUACAGAAGAUAAACAAAGGGGUAAUGUGAAUGGGGUAGAAUAAAUAUUUUGUACAAUAAAAACAGAAGUCAUUUUUUUUUCA